GCGUGGGUGCGGGAGUGAAGCAGAAAAUGUAGCUCAGUAUGCGUCUAGCCGGUGAGAGUGACAGAUAGUAUGCUGUGAGGCGGAGGUACGCAGAGGCAGUGCCGUCAUCGCGCCCGCCGCUCGGGAUGUCAACACCGACGGCCGCCGCUGAGUAAAUCGUCUCGUGGGGAUUGCUCGGAGUGUAAUUGUUUCCAACCGCAAUAUCCUCGAUUUUGUGAGUGAAGAAUCGUCCAGUUAUGAGACUUGACGUACAAAAGCACUUUGAAAAUGAAAACAUAAACUCGAGGAUGAAAAUAUGUGAAAAGGAAUUACCCCAAAGCAAGAGUGAAGAAAGUGAGAUUGCAGUGAGACCCGCAGGUCAAGAAGAAAACCUAGUGGAGGACAAUAGUCGACUUUGCGCCUAAGGAGGAGUACGUUGUUGCCGUGGCUGCGACCGCCGGGGAGCAGUGGACCAGUCCCGGGCGACACCUUGGUCAUGUCUCGCCCUCCCUCUCCCAUCUCUCCUGCUCCCUCCUUCAUCUUCAAUCAGAAUGCCAAAAAUAACAAUAACGUCGACAACGCCAGUUUUCGGGGCACUGGUGAAAAGGCAAACCAUGUACCUCAGCUGGCGGAUCACUCAGGCCUCAAUUACACCUUUGGAAGCCUGGAGGAUGAAGCGGGCACGCACAGACCGGACCCGGGUGAGCUGCAGCAGGAAGUGCUGGAGCUGGAGCACACGAACCGCCGCCUCACUGGGGAAAACGCCGAGCUCACCACCCAUCUCACACACGCAGAGGACCUCAAUACGUCACUCAGGGAACAAUGUAGACAGCUUGAACAGGCACUCAACAGCGUGCAGCACCAGCUGGCGGGAGCGCGCCGGAUGGAAACCGAGAUUGAAGAGUUUCGAAACCUCCUCGACGUGGAGCGCGAAGAGAAGGGGCGUCUUCUCGGCCGGCUGGGCCACUUGGAGAAGGACAACCAGGAACUUGCUGCCAGGCUCGAGGGUCUUGUAGCUCAGGUAAAUGCCGCAAAAAAGGGGAGGUUUAAAGGGCGGGAAACCCAAAAGCUCGCUCGUAGCAAGCACAAGACAAAGGGGCCCCUUUGUUUGGAAAAACCUCUAAAUUUUGGAAGUUUUCCGGGCCCCCAAAAUGGCUACACUUGUACACCAGUGAGCUAA